AGAUGGAAAAAUAAUAAAUUUUUUAAUAAAAUUUAACUUGUAAUCAAUGCAUCAACACGAAGUCAAAAGUAUUUAUAAAAAACUAAAAUUUUAUUCUGACCAGCAGUAAUAGUAUUUUUUACAAACAAGAAGAACGUAAAGGUCUUUACAAGAGUAAAUCAUGUGGUUAUCAAAAGUGGUAUCGAUUAUUUUAGUCCACAUAUUAUUUAUAAAUAUCUGUCUAGCUAAUUCAGGAGACGAAAAAUUUAAUUUUGAUAGAUCUCAGUUUGUUCUUAUAGGGACAAAAGGAUCGGAAUACGCAUUUGACUUCCUACAGCAAGGUCUAUUAAUUCACCCUCAAGCUGUUGUCACCGUUUUUGACGAUUCACUAUAUAAAGCCGAAUCACUGGAAAUUAAAACCGGUGUAUCCAAAAUGCAUCAUUACUCUAGAUCAGGUAUAGCAAGGACUGUAAAAGUGAUUAAUAUCGUAGAAUUACCAGAAACGUCGAAGAUAGUUUUGUUAAUUUUAGAAAGAGAAAUAUUGGAUGUACAAUUAAUUAACUAUAAACACACUUCAUAUGACGAUCAAUACAACGAAUGCAAAUUGAUUAAACUUGGAUACGGAGAACUUAAUUUGGGCCUUGAUGACUUUAUCUCUUCGUUGGGAAUGAAGGAAAAAAACAUUCAGUUAUUGAGUCACAUGCCUAAUAAAGGUUGCCCAUCAAAAUUAAAUAAAAUAGUCGAUUUCAAAAGCUCACUUUUUACUGAUUAUGUUUAUUGCAUUAAAGAACUUAAAAAAAAAAAUUGUCGUAGAAAUUAUCCAGGAGCUUCUUUAGUUUGUCGAGACCACGAAACAAAUGAAUUCUACUUAGCUGGACUUGUCAUUGGGAAAAGUCAUUGCAAUUGGAUGCUUAUAAAUACUCCGAAAUUACACGCAUCUAUUCAGGAUCGUUUAAAAACUAUUCAAUAAGGCCAUUCUCAGACAGUGCCCCUCACUUAAAAAUUUUCAAUUGCUGUCAACUGUUAUAAGCAAAUUAAAGCUUUGUUAAUUAAUUAAAAAAAAAUGAAAGCAUUAAUUGAAAAACUGACAACGUAGUUGCAAUUUCGCUGCAAUAUCGAUUUAAAAAAAAUUUACUUACAGUUGAUAUCAAUUGGGAGUUAAACGAAAUUCGAUAAAUUUCAAUAAAAUCUUCAUAUCAAUUUUAUAACUCGAGUUUUCAAAUUUUUUAGGCUAAAAUUUAUUCAACAAAUUUUUUGUAUACCCUAAUUCAUAAUAACUGUAAGUGAUUUUUUUUUAAUUCUAUAUUUUGGCGAAAUUGUUUUUUUUUCAACUAAGUUUUUAAUUUUUUUUUUUAUCAA